UGCUUGGAGAUCAGGACGCAAAGGUAAGAGCGCCUCAGUCGCCACAGAAAUCCGGAGUCCCUAACGGAGGGGAAGGCUGUCGUAGAUAGAUAUUCUCAUAGGAAAAUUGUAUUUGUGCCAAGAGAACUGCAUGCAACCUUGAAGGGAGGGGGGAGGUGUGGAAGAGGGGAGGGAGAACGAUACUAGAGAACUUGAAAGAAGCCUCCCUUUGGAGUUGCUAAUGCGGCGAUGGAAGGGUUUGGCUCUGAAUCAUUGGAGGGCUGUGGUUUACGACAGGAUUUUGGCACAGAGGAAAACGUAGGAAGUAUAUUUUUAAAGUAAUUAAAUCAGUACGGAAAGCCAAAAUAUUUCUGACAGUGCCCCUUUAUCUGUUAUUGUCACCUUUCCUUAAUUAUUUAUUUUCCUUUUCAUUAGAACAUUUUCAUAUAUAAUACAGAAAUAGAUAACAACCUGCGCGCAGUAGCUAACCCCUCCCUGCACCGCCCCCACCAUCACGCACGCGCGCGCGCCCGCCGUGGCUCUCACCAGUCCCGACGCCAGGGGCGCACGCCUGCGCAAACACAGCACCUCCCGCGCCACAAGGGCCGGUCACACAGCAACCCCAGGGCCACGCGAGCCUGCCCGCGCACUAACACACUGGCCUUAAUGCCUUGCGCCCGUUGCACUCACGACCCUCACUUGCAAACACAGCAGAACCCCCACUGCGCCUUUUUUUUCCGUGUUCGGGGAGUUCCGCCACAGGACUGGGGGCGUGGCCCCAGAUUUGACCUCGCGCUUCCCCACUCGCGGGAACCUUAGCUCAUUUCCGCCUAUUUCCGCAGGCCACGUAGACACUUCCUCUCCCAGUGGGGGGGAAAAAAAGCACAAACCCAUAAUGCCUCCCUGCAGGAAAAAAAAAAAAGGAAAAGGAAAAAAAAAACCUUCUGGUCAGAGGAACUCUGGGUCGUGAAAUAGGCCACGUGAACAUUCUGCCCUGUAGACUUAUGACCCAACGGCUGUCACGCUUUUGGAGGGCGGGCUAAAAAAAAACCUAAGAGGGCGAACGUCAUUGGCCGGAACUCGCACUAACAGAGGAAGAGGAUUGGUUUGCUGUAGACCUUAACAGUGAAGAAGCAGGUUGCUAGCACCCGCCUUUACUGCGGCGAAGUGUCACUGCUGACGUGGGGGUGGUUGUCCAAUCAUUUGGUUAUGGAACAUUCUAAAACUUAGACAAGACGAUUGUGAUUGGCUGAAGGGCAUACGCCCUCCUCCAGGGUGACGUGUCUGCCUAUGGAUAUCAGUUGCCAGAGAAACCUGGCUUUACUAUGGCGGUUGGAGGAACGGCAGUGAUCACACGUCGGCUGCUGGGAAGAUCUGGAUUCUCGUUUCAGGUCACCAUCAGAAAAGCUAAGUUUGCUGUAUAGUGAGGAUCAGGAGAUCUGAUCCUGAUUGCAGAACCUUCCCUGAUUACAGAAUCUUGGGUUGUAUCUCCCACUUCACCCUUCUAGACCAUCCCAGAAGAUCUAUAAGAUUUCAUCUGGGAAAUCACUAGGAGUUCUUGGAAGGGAAAGAAGGAAGAUUGUUGGUUGGAAUAAAAACAGGGUUGAAUGAGUUCCAGAAAGCAGGGUUCUCAACCUCGUGGACAGCAAUCUGCAGAAGAAGAGAACUUCAAAAAACCAACUAGAAGCAACAUGCAGAGAAGUAAAAUGAGAGGGGCCUCCUCGGGAAAGAAGACAGCUGGUCCACAGCAGAAAAAUCUUGAACCAGCUCUCCCAGGAAGAUGGGGGGGUCGCUCUGCAGAGAACCCCCCUUCAGGAUCCGUGAGGAAGACCAGAAAGAACAAGCAGAAGACUCCUGGAAACGGAGAUGGUGGCAGUACCAGCGAAGCACCUCAGCCCCCUCGGAAGAAAAGGGCCCGGGCAGACCCCACUGUUGAAAGUGAGGAGGCGUUUAAGAAUAGAAUGGAGGUUAAAGUGAAGAUUCCUGAAGAAUUAAAACCAUGGCUUGUUGAGGACUGGGACUUAGUUACCAGGCAGAAGCAGCUGUUUCAACUCCCUGCCAAGAAAAAUGUAGAUGCAAUUCUGGAGGAGUAUGCAAAUUGCAAGAAAUCGCAGGGAAAUGUUGAUAAUAAGGAAUAUGCGGUUAAUGAAGUUGUGGCAGGAAUAAAAGAAUAUUUCAAUGUGAUGUUGGGCACUCAGCUGCUCUACAAAUUUGAGAGGCCCCAGUAUGCUGAAAUCCUCUUGGCUCACCCUGAUGCUCCAAUGUCCCAGGUUUAUGGAGCACCACACCUACUGAGAUUAUUUGUAAGAAUUGGAGCAAUGUUGGCCUAUACGCCCCUUGAUGAGAAAAGCCUUGCAUUAUUGUUGGGCUAUUUGCAUGAUUUCCUAAAAUAUCUGGCAAAGAAUUCUGCAUCUCUCUUUACUGCCAGUGAUUACAAAGUGGCUUCUGCUGAGUACCACCGCAAAGCCCUGUGAGCGUCUACAGACAGCUCACCAUUUUUGUCCUGUAUCUGUAAACACUUUUUGUUCUUAGUCUUUUUCUUGUAAAAUUGAUGUUCUUUAAAAUCGUUAAUGUAUAACAGGGCUUAUGUUUCAGUUUGUUUUCCGUUCUGUUUUAAACAGAAAAUAAAAGGAGUGUAAGCUCCUUUUCUCAUUUCAAAGUUGCUACCAGUGUAUGCAGUAAUUAGAACAAAGAAGAAACAUUCAGUAGAACAUUUUAUUGCCUAGUUGACAACAUUGCUUGAAUGCUGGUGGUUCCUAUCCCUUUGACACUACACAAGUUUCUAAUAUGUGUUAAUGCUAUGUGACAAAACGCCCUGAUUCCUAGUGCCAAAGGUUCAACUUAAUGUAUAUACCUGAAAACCCAUGCAUUUGUGCUCUUUUUUUUUUUAUGGUGCUUGAAGUAAAACAGCCCAUCCUCUGCAAGUCCAUCUAUGUUGUUCUUAGGCAUUCUAUCUUUGCUCAAAUUGUUGAAGGAUGGUGAUUUGUUUCAUGGUUUUUGUAUUUGAGUCUAAUGCACGUUCUAACAUGAUAGAGGCAAUGCAUUAUUGUGUAGCCACGGUUUUCUGGAAAAGUUGAUAUUUUAGGAAUUGUAUUUCAGAUCUUAAAUAAAAUUUGUUUCUAAAUUUCAAAGCAA